GCCACCCUGGUUUGAGCGCUCCGCCAUUCCGCCAUCGCUGCUCCUCCUGCAUUCCUCGAUCCACAAAAGGGCAAACAGCAUAACAGAUCAGAACUUUUUUGGCGCAUUUUCAUGUUCUUGGUCCACGAAUAAGAAGGCAGCAAGGCGAGGACCGGUGGCAGUUUGAUCGACCCCGGCCACUGGCGAUGCACGCCGCCCUCCUCUUGCUCUCCUUGACCAGCGCAUCAGCGUCCGUCCUCGCCGCCGUUGCGUCUUCCUAGGCUCCGACCCACCGGCGACGAUUGAUCGAUGGCGCCGCCCCAGGAGGGGGAACAAUGCGGGCGGCCGGCCAGCAGCGUCUUGGUGUGGGUGGUGACGGUGCUGCUGCUCCUCGCCGUGCUCGGCGGCGGCGGGUGCCUCGUGGCCUACGUCGUGCUGCCGCCGAGCGAGGCGCCCGGGUGGAUCCCCGCCGUCGGUCUGGGGCUCGUGGCGCUGCCAUGGGCGUUCUGGCUCGCCACGGUCGCCUACCGGUGCGUCACGACGCGCUCGGCCGACCGCGCCGUGGCGCCGGCGGCCGGCGGCGGCAGCAUUCGCUCGCGCGACUCGCCGGGCUCGUGAGACGGAUUUCGUUGUAAGAUGCCACUAGCUAAUUGUAAUUAAACUCUUUCAUUACCCAAGAUGUUAGUACCGAAUCUGUUGUCAGUAAGAACAUUUAGCACGGAGAAUCUGUGGGGAUCAGUUAUGCAUUGCAAUGUUUGCAUGAUUAUGAAGUAAAGAAAGUUCGUUAUCUUAAGGA